AAUUUUAUGUUCAUUAUCAAAAUAAUACAGACCAUUUUAAUGAUGCUUUUACAAAUAAUAUGACUCAAAAUAAUAUGCUGAAUUUUAAUGCACCUGUCAACAACGUAACAUCAAAUAAUAAUAUAAAUAAUCUUAAUAUAAAUAAUAUGAAUGUAAAUAAUAUGAACGUAAAUAAUAUGAAUAUUAAUAAUGUAAGCAAUAUGAAUAAUGUAAAUAAUAAUAGUAAAAAGAAUAAUAAAAGUAAUAAUAAUAAUAAUAAUAUAAAUUGUAAUAAUAGUGCAAAUAAUUUUGCUAGCCAUUUUACAAACAAUACAGAAGAUAUGCAAUUAAAUGCGAUCAAUAACUUUGUUACAACACAAAAUGAAAACAUAAUAAAUGGACCUUCACAUACAUCAAAAAAAAGAUCUUUAACAAUAGCUCAACCACAAAAUAAUAAUAAAUCUAUUAACUUUAUAAAAAACUUACAAACAUUAAAUGGAACAAAAAAUAUUACAAAUGAACAUAUGAUAAAUUAUAAUGAACAUGUCAUUAAUGAUGAAUCUCAAAGAUUUUUACAACAAAAUCAAUAUACAAAGUAUACAAAUAAUGUCAAUCAAAAUGUAUCUGCAAAUAAUAAUGAUAAUAAUGAAUUAACCAACUGUUCUAUGAAUUUUAAUAAUUAUUAUCAACAUCAAAAUAAUGCUAAUAACACAAUCAACAAUAAUAAUAAUAUUAAUAAUAAUAGUAUACAUGACAAAAAUAUUAUCCAGUCAUAUAACAAUAAUAAUAUGUAUACAUUCAGAGAUGAUAUUUAUAAAAAUAGUUAUUACAUAUAA